UGCUACAGCUCGCCUGGACUCUGAGGACGCACAAGACACUGUUUCCAAAAACCUCUGGAUUUUAUAUACUGAAGAAGGCCGUGUGUGCCGAUCAAUUUGCAUAAUAGCGGAACAUAAAGGCAUGCGCUCCAGUCUUGUGCCCAUUGUUAUUGGAUGGGUUUAUAUUGGCUGCAGGAGCCUGCCUCCCUCAAAACGUGUCACCACCCUGCUCCCACGGCUAACGAUUAGGGCCUAUUUGCAGACCUGAAGCGGUCUCGUCUGGUCUUCACUUGGGAAAAUAUCUCUGGCUCAGAUAUGUGCACAAGAGUCAAGCCAAUGUGAGCUCAGCUGCAGACCAGCUCUGUCGUUUUGACUUGGCAACUGUUUUUCCGGCCGUACCUGCACCGCUCAGAUCUCCAUCCAGUCCCAUUUGUGUUCAGAGAGAGUCCUGUCUGCCUACCAUCAGUCAGUUUUCUCCUGAGUUGGUGUAUUCUGAUGGAUCAGUAUGUCUACCACUAAUAAUAUCGCCCAGGCCAGGAAACUGGUGGAACAGCUGAGGAUUGAGGCAGGGAUUGAACGCAUUAAGGUGUCCAAAGCAGCAGCAGACCUGAUGAGUUACUGUGAGCAGCACGCUCGUAGCGACCCUCUCCUGGUUGGGGUUCCCACCUCCGAAAACCCUUUCAAGGACAAGAAGCCCUGCAUCAUCCUAUAGCCGCGCUACGCUCCUCCUGCCAUCACACACAAACACACACACACACACACACACACACACACACACACACACACACACACACACACACACACACACACACACACACACACACACAUACACACACACACACACACACAAUUCAUACGUACUCAUGCACAUACAGACAAACAUCAAUGCACACAUUCAGUACUUGAUCCCCAGACACACACAUCACAUGCAAACACACACUUCAAACCCAUCUAGCAUACACACACACUCCCAAAAUAGCCACUCUGGAAAAGCGCCAUACCCUGGAGCCGCAGCUAAAGGACAGGUAUCUUGUUCUCUCGGUGGCUAAGAUCAGUAUAUCACUGAGGUGCUUUUGGUAAUAUUCAUAUAUGCUGGUAAAUUAACUACAAGUGUCAGCUUAACUUGAAAAAGAGAUUUGGACAUUAAUAAUCAGUAGGAAACCAGGAUAUUUGUUCCUUGUUUUGUCAUGAAAUGAGGGGUUGGGAAAAGGAUGGACAUCAGUGCCAUAGGCAAGGAGUGGGAGGUUGCAUGUAGGCAACAGAAAUGGGCGGUAGGCGCUCUUGCCGACCAUGCCAAACACAACCUGGUUUGCCAUUAAAAGCUCAAUAAAAACUUUUUUUGUGAAAGUUUUAAAAAGGUUUGAGAGAUUUUCCCACAAACCUGCCAUGUGCUAAAUUAUAGCAGCUUAUUUCGGAGCGAGUGGCUAAAGCCUUUGCCUUUAUCAGGCUAGCAUGUUCGCACCCAAACCUGUAUCAACAGACCUUCUCUGCCUGUGGCCUCCUGCAGCUGUCUGCAGCCUUUUGGCCAAACCUCCAGCUGUGCCAACCUGUACAGAAAGUCGUCUAUAGAUGCUGAUCUGCUGUCACCGAUUCCACUGCAGUUUAUUAUGGCUGCUGUUGGUUGAAAUCGAUGUCUAAGCUGACCUCAGAUCUGCACCUAUGACGGGAACAUUGUGAAUUGCUCUACACAGAACUCAAGCUAUUAACCCUGGACGUUUACUGCAUUUUUCUUAAGAAAUACUUGUUCGUGAACUCAAUGUACAUUUUGAUAUUUUAUUGAAGCAUUACUUAACAGAUUAGAUAAUACUUUACUUUUUUAUUAUUGUUUUGCUUUGACAUAGGUGUUGCCCCUGGCUGAGCAGGUUUUUCUUCCUGUCUGACAUUAAAUGCUAGUAUUAAUGAAACGACAGGAGAUCUGGUUGUAAGCCAGGGGCAAUACCUAACCAGAUACCUGCUAGAAUCUUAAACAAAGGUUUCUACUGUACAUCAAGCCUCCCUGUGCUUUACCCUGAGAGAGGGCCAGGUCACAGACUGACCAUACCUUAGAAUCAGUCUGCAAGGACUGCAAGGCUAGAGGAGUAAACCCAAUCUUAAAAAGUAAAAGUGAAGCUGUAGAAAAGUAGAAAUUAAGCUUUCCAUUUUCUACCUUCUCCUCUUAUGUUUGAUUCUUUUCGAUUGGCAGUUUGCAUAAGGUUAAGUGAAGAGAUAUAUUACAUUGGAUAUGUUUGUUUUGUUUGCAUCUACAGUAGAAAAUAGGGAUACCUCUUGUUUCAGUACAUUCUCAUUCUGGCUUUAAAUCCGAUUAUAAUUAAUAUGACCUGGCUUUACCAGUCUUUAAAGUUUCCAGUCUCCCAGUUGGAGCUCAAACUGGUCAGGGACUGGAUCUGUCCCAUCUCGAGUUUCCUCUGUCCUCCUCUCCACCACAAUCCUCCUCCUCUCUGACAAACCAAACUUGAUUGUAAAAGCUGAAGAUAAAGUGAGAAAAAAAAUGAAGUCAAGAGAAACAAACUAAGUGUAUAAACUUUCUUUCAGACGUGCAGAAGUGAUAAGUUGAAAAGUAGCUGUUUUGAGUUUAUUUUUGAGUUUCUUCUUUCUAUGGAGUCCAUGGAACCUGGUCAGUUGAGUAUUACCCUGUACAGUGUUUGUAUGAUGCAAAAUCUAAACACAGAAUCCCUUUCUGUGGAUGUUUCUGUUGGAUUUUUUUUUAGUACUACUUAUUCUGUUCUGUCAGUCACCGUCAUGUCUGUCUUCAUUUCAUCUUUUUUUUUUCGGAUUUUAGAGGCUUGUGAUAGCGGAGGAUGGUUUUAAACACAGAUACAAAUACAAACACCUGAUCAAAAACAAAAGUCCUGUUAGGUUUAGGAUCGUAUCCUGUUAGAGGAUGAAUCAACAUCGGACCUCAUUCCUGUGGCAAAAACCAACCUCCUGAUCUAUACUUUAACACCAGAGCAGCCAUUUUAUUCUCAAUUGUUGGUUUUGGUGGGACAGGCAACUAGGACUACACACAUGCACAUAGCACACACUCUCUUGCUGUUUGAUUGUCACAGGUCAAAGGUUAAAGGAGCGGUGGGGCUGGGCACUGAAAGCUGCUUUUGAUGGUUAAUUGCUGCAUUUAGCCGAGGCUUUUGUCAAGAGUAAAGUACAGUGAAAGAGUGGAGUCAUUUGGGCAGGACUUAUGGCUGCUGAUGGACUGUCAGGGGAGUUGAACCCGCUGCUUUUCUGUCUCUUAUAACUUCAAUAACGUCAAUAUGAGCCACCUGCUGCACUGACAUUCGGUGUUGAAAGGUGAGCACUUGUUUGUGUGCACACAGUCUGAAAAACAGACACAUUGUAAAAAUACCCACAUUAAAAAGUUAGUGGUGUAUUUAGUCCUAGAAAUGUUAUUUUCUUUAUACAAAAUUUAAAGCUUCAUUUUUCUGCAUUUUUGUGACAGAAUGAAAAUAUCUUAAAAUGAGGUGCCCAUGACCAAUUUGUGAACUUGUCUUUAAAGGAAUAGUUUGACAUUUUGGGACAUACACUUAUUCGCUUACUUGCUGAGAGAAGAUAGAUACCGAUCUCAUAUUUAAUGAAAGUGAUACCGAUCUUCUUAUCUAACUCAGCAAGAAAGCAAAUAAGCGUUUUCCUGAAAAUGUGAAAACUAUUUCUAAAUCAAGGUUGAAUUGCUAAUUGACAUCACUGCUUGUUUACUGUUGGCGAUGGUUCCUGGUACAGAGCCCUGCUUCAUCUCUCAUUUGCCUUUGUUCCGAACACAGAGAGCAGGCAGUUCCCAAAGUACAGAGAGAGCAGGAGCUGGAGAAAGGCCAUAGAGAGCUGAGACUGUGUGUGUGUGUGUGUGUGUGUGUGUGUGUGUGUGUGUGUGUGUGUGUGUGUGUGUGUGUGUGUGUGUGUGUGUGUGUGUGUGUGUGUGUGUGUGUGCGUGCCUGCAUGCCUGCGUGCAUGUGUGUGGGGGUGCUGGGUGCUAGUGUUUGGUGGCUGAAAAGGAUGAUUUGGCAGAGCAGUAGGCAGAGAAUAGAAAAUAGAGGUGCAUGUGCGUGUGCAUUUGUGAGUGUGUAUUUGUGAGGGAGGCACUGUGUGUGUAAGCACACACAGUGCCUCCAGUGCUGUGCAGAGUGUCACAUAGUUAUGUUACAGUACUGCAGCCCUGCCAUUCCAGGUCAGGGUGAGUCUGACCAGAGGAGAGGUCAUGAGUCAGAGCAGCAUGUAUGGUCUCCACCCAGUCUUUUCAUCUGUCAGAUGCUAGUGUGUUCAUUCUGGAGAAGAGUAAAAAAGGAUUCUGUCACAAGCUAAAAUCGUUUGGUUGAAGUGUGGGAAGCCAUUUUUAUGUGAUGACCAAUAAUAACCCCAAACAACCCACAAAGCUGACAAAGAAUUUCUAGCUCUAUCUGUGACUGACUCCGUUACAUUAUUUUAACUACAGUUUAUUUUCACCACUCAAUAAAGCCUCAGAGACUUUAACAAAUAGUUUGACAUUUUGGGAAAUAUGCUGAUUUGCCUUUUGCAGAGAGGUAGAUGAAAAGAUUGAUACCACUCUCAUAUUUAUCUGAUCAAUAUGAAGCUAAAGGCGGUAGCUAGUUAGCUUAGCUUAGCUUAAAGACUUGAAGCAGGGGGAAACAGCUAGCCUGGCUCUGUCCAAAGGUUGUUACCUCUAAAGCUCACCAAUUAACUGGCAAUAUCUCAUUGAAAUGUUGUCGAAUCAUCAUAAGCUCACCAGCUACUGACUAGAGCAUCAUAUUUAGCAAACAGACAUGAAAGUGGUAUCAAUCUUCUCAUCAAACUCUCAGCAAUUACUGUAUUAGGAGUAUUUCCCAAAAUGUCAAACUAUUGCUUUAAAUUAAAUAAAUCCCUUUAUCUAAAUCUGUAGAGAUAUUUGAAGAGAUGGUUUGACCUGAUUGAGGUUGAUAUGAAUUGUGGUCUUUUCAUCACAAAAACAAAAACAAGGAACAAGCUAAAGAAAUGGCUACAAACAGAAACCUGAGUGCAAACUGCAGUGACAGGUAGGAAGUAAUUUAGAACUAUCUGGGAUAUGUUUACUUUCCCCAUAAUUUGAAUUAAUGUAAAAUUAAAGCUAUAUUGCACAACUAUUUGAUAUUAAUGAACGUCCGUUACAUUCAAGCCAUUGCCAAAUGAGUUGAAACAAAGUUAAUUAAGCCUAUCAGCUCCAGAAAACUCUCUCUACAUUUCUCAGCAUGGCUAUGUUUACAAAAUGGUGUAGUCCGGUGUAAUUUGCACGCAGAAGCUUCAGUGAUGCGUUUUACGUCACAGCUGAGAAAGGACAACAGGAACGUUCAGCAUUGGAGACAAUGAGGACAUACAAAUUACAAGAUAAUUCCCUCUUCUGAAGAUGUUUUUUAAUCCUCCGUGUUAGCAACUGCGUGGAGGAGGGGUGGGGGUGCGAUCACUGAAGGCUUGUAUCAUGUGGAUGCUCCGACAGUGUUGUUGUCAUUACUUAGAAUUCCUCAUGGGGGCGACAGAAACUAUGCACCAUAGAGGAAAUAACUGAUUUUGGGAAAGGAAAAGCAGUUUCUUGUAAUUUAUUUGCAAGGUGCAGCCAAAGGAUUACAACUGCAGAAGAUUUACACAACAUAAAACCAGCAUGCAUACAUAUCAGCACGCCCACACACAUGCACACACUGCUGUUGUCCUGGAGAUGUCUGACAGAUGCUUUUUUUAAUCAUUAUUGUUUUUUUAAUCAUUCCAUAGGUGGUUAGGCUUAAAUCAGAGACGGCCUGACUAAUUGCUGGUUUGGCUGACAGUUUGUCUGAUUGGUUGUUAGUUUGCCUUAUAGUGGCGUAUUUUGAUUUAAUGCUGGUUUUGGGGUUAUCCGAUCAACAGAAUAAACAGCGUUAAAGUAGAACAUGUGGCUCAAGAUGAAAAUCCACUGGUGUUGUGACACAAAGCGAGCCCGGUGAAAUUUAUUUCAGGUCAGGUGGGGAAAGUUGAGGCUCCUCACUGGUAGACUUUGAAAUUCAACCUCACUGAAUCGGCUCUGAGCCCUUCCCGAGACUCAUCUUUUGUGUUCUCAUCUCCUGUGUAUGCAUACAGUAUAUGUAUCUUUUUGCCUUGAUUGAUUAUGAAGAAAAUAUAUCUAUUUUUUGUAACUGUUCUCUGAUGUGCCAUAACUCAUGUUUUCUUGCACACUGUUAAUAUUUUGUGGAUAUUGCUGUUAAAAAGAUGAUAUUGAGAAGUAGAUAACAUUAAUAAAAAGAUGAUAUAACAAAA